ACGUCCUCCCGCGAUGGCCGCGGGCGCCCCCCUGCCGUGCCCCAUGUUCCGGCUGGACUUCCUCAAGGCCUCGCACUUCGCGCUGGGGCCCGACCCGCGGCUGCACGUGGGCGCCACGCAAUCCACGUCGCAUCGGGACUUCCCCGCCUACUCCGGCCGCGACUCGGUGCCAUCCGGUGACCCAGCCAAGCUGCGCAUCCCGCCCACCACGCACAGGGAGUUCUUCCAGGCCCACGACGUUUGCCCGAAGCCUCGGGGGCCCUGCUGUCACCUCGGGGGUCCCAAUCCCCUCAAGUGGGACUACAGGAGACAGGACGACUGGACCUCUUACCAGAGACAGUUCCAGGCCAUGCCCGGCCCACCUGCCUUGAUGUGUAAGAGGGCCUCCUCCAGCGUGGAACUGGGAGACAUCAAGAUUGGCUAUGGGCCCAUGAGUCCGGAGCAGAAACAAGCCUACAGGCCCCAGGUCCUGCCCCCAGACAGGUAUGACAAGGCCCAGGCCUCAGCCCACAUCCACUAUGUGAAUAUUCGUCCUGGAGAUGGCCUCUUCCAUGACAAGACCACCAAGGGUGAACAUUUCUCUGCCCGGGAGCCAGAACAUUUUGUUCUUCACCACGACCAGACUCCGGAGUCACACAUUCUGGAAGGAAACAGGUACCCCGGUCCGGGCAACCUGAUCACCUCCACGCACUUCUUCCACGGCCAGCCGCUGCCUGCGACCAAGCCACCCAGACGCCACGUGCCUCAUGAGAAGCUGCAGAGUCACAUAACCCUAGGGGAGCCAUCGCUGUUCGGACAGUUCUUCCAGACCUUCAUGGGUACGGACUAUUCCCCACCUGGGAUACCAAAGCCGCCGAAAGCGCCCAGCCUCCACUUGCAGCGGAGCAACCUGCCUUGGGACACCGGAGAACCAGAUUUUUUAACCAUGAACCAGAAGAUGCUGAUGCCGCACAGAACAGCUCCAGCCUCCGUGACUGAGGAGAUGCUACAGCGGUGCAAGUAUAGCCACUGGGAGCCCCCGCUGGGUGAACAGCGCUUCUUCUCAACCCAAAACAGUGAUGAGUUUCCCUUCAAGUACAAGGGCCCAGCAGUGCUGAGACGGGAAAGCCUCCAGGAGAGUCAUGUGCCACUGGGCUCUCCUCACCAGUGGGGCUGUGGAGCUGGGAAGGUAGACCCUCAGGCCCCCCAGAUCCCUACCUACCCAUGCCCUAGCCAGCAAUAAACACUGCUUUGGCAACAUCCCACCACUUGCCAUCAAUUAGCCAUGGAAGAGGAUGGGGUGUUUGUGGGGGCAGGGGCAGUACAGGAGAGAAUGACUCCAUGGAGAAGCCCUGAGCAGAUACUUCUGCAGACCCUGGGGGUCACCCCACUCUGGGCAGGGAGACCAUCCCAGCUUGUGCAAAGACUGGGUGGUUGGACUCCAUGUAAG